GAGGAGAUGCUCAGAACACAUGGAGAGAGCUUUCUCAGGCGUGAGCUGGGAACUCUGUUUUUAUCCAAAGUCGGUUGCUUCAAGUGUUUUGAUAGUAAUACUGCAGCUACGGACCUGAGAAUUUCGCUGGCGGACGUGGCAUAACCCACUACAGGUGCGAAAAAUACCAGUUGACAAAACGAACUUUCAAAUCUCUUACAAUGUUCAAAAAACAGACGCGAGGUCAUCAGGCGUUGUGAUGACGUGGCGGUACUGGCUCCGACAGCGCAGGCGUUGAAGCGUUCGCCUGCGCUUUCAUUGGGCAAUGUAAGAUGAGAGGGGAGGGGAGGAGGCACAGCGUUACGCAGAGGGGAGGGGAGAAGGAGGAGGAUGAUAAUGAGUGUCCCGAGGAAGAGAACCACCGCACGUGCAAGCAAUAGGGUGGUGCAUUUGCACCAACUGCUGCUUGCCAACGUCUCAUGCGAGGGCCAACGUACGGUCGGUGAGCGCAGGGUGCAUCGCUGCCUCACCAGCAAACGAGAGCCUCCCAUACUGUCAUAGCUCUACCGACCUCCCACUCCUUCGUCCGCUGGACCCCGACUUCGAACGAGUGUCCUAACCCCGCUGAGCAUUGGCGCGCGGGGCGCUGGAUUUCGGGAAUAAAAAGCACGCUCACAACAUGCUUCACAUUGGGUGCUGAAAACAACUGGCCAGGAUGCGGGCCGUCUGAGCUUCGCUGAGGCGCGAACUGGGCAUGUGAGACAGCCGCGCAUGCCCGAACGCGUCAAGCUUUGCACCAGCGAGCGAGACGAAGUGCGGCAUGGUGAGGUGUGGGGAUGAGGAGCAGGAGAAGGGAGGAAGAGAUGGAGGUCAUAAUACACUUGAGGCCACAAACCAACCGACAAACACAAUAAAGGCUUCCGGACAAUGUUGCGAAGAUCAAUUCGAUUAAAUAAGAACGACCUGCGAAAGGGGCAGAGAUUUCCGCCAUGUCUCGGCCCGCGCCACCUCUUCAGAGUUACCUUCGUCGUUGUGUAAGCACUGCAAUACUACGGAUGGGACGGCAAGGGCGAUGAUAACAAAAGGGACGAAGAAACCAGGCUCCACCAAUACACAAGAUUUGUGAACCGCGGUGGCACCUUGCAGUAACUGCGCGGCGACUGCCUUCGGCCAGCAUGGCACCAACAAAUUCCGGUGGGUACCCAACGGGGGUGACUUACCACGGAAGGAGGGGCAGCGGAGAAGGCUGGUGACGGUAGGGAUGAGGAUGAAAGAGUGGGGAGCGAGAACUAGAGCGGCGAGGGCUGAUAACGGGCGGGGAUGGGGAGGGUACUGUUGACGAGAAAAAUGGACUCUCCAAGCCCAAAAAUUCGGUGCACAAUUGUCGCCUUGUGGUCUUCCAAGAAACUUAAACUGAGAGCUCGGAAAGCAGACUGGCCGGCGCAAGCUGUGGACUUCGAAAGGCCAGCGCUUGUUUUGGGCCAGCGCCUCUCGUCGUCCAGCACUUCGAAUAGUCCGACAGGAGGAAGGAUGGCUCUGGCGCUUGCAAAUCAGAACAGCGGGGAGAGAGAGAGGGGGGAGGAGGAGGAGGAGGAGGAGGAGGAGGAGGAGGAGGAGGAGGAGGAGGAGGAGGGUCGGGUCGGCCAUGGAUCCAUGAGGCUUCGUGCCUAGGCAAUCAUGAUGAGCACGCGCCUUUGUAAUUAUCUGGACACCAUCGGGCACCCUUGCUGAAAAACGCACAACGAUGCCUGUCGCUGCGAGCUAGCACCCGUGAGGGAACCAGCACUCGCAGCUGAGCAUUGGAGCCUGGCCUGAGUGUAGUACCAAGCGCUGUGCCUGGGCCGCGGCAAGAGAAGCGCCUUGUAGAUCCUGGAACCUAGUCCAGCCGGGCCACCGGCGGCGCCGAAGAACAGCGGCGGCAGCAGCCGAUCCGGUCAUCCUCCUCCUCCUCCGCCACGAAGAAGUGGAGGAACGUGCGCUUGACGGUGGCCUUUAACUGCGACGGCAGCUCCCGCCCACGGAGCGCGCACCUCCCGCAGGCGUGGGGCCGGGACGGCGGUCACGGAGCGGCCGUCGAGGGCCCACGGGGCCAAGCACGGUGCGCGUUGCUGCCGCUCGCGCUGCACGGCCCUCGGCGGGUCGCACUCCCGCGCGCGCUCCUCGAGGUCGCACCGCGAACCGUGCUCGUCGUGCUCCGCCUCGCUGCAUUUCCAAGGCAGCAUCUUGCCCGGGGCGUGGGCGAACUUGCAAGCGUCGCCCUGCCUGCACGUCCCGGUCUUCACGAAGCUCUUGCACGGCUGAGUGUACGAGAAGUCCGGAGCUGUGCGCACGUCGUCGCUCCCGUGCGCAAAGCUGCAGUCUUCCCCUCGGGCGCAGUAACCCUUCGCAUAGUAAGUACACAGGCGCGUCUUGUGCAAGAAGCGAGCCGUCAUGACAGCAUUACCUUUGCGGGAAACAGCGGGCGCCAUGCUGGGAGUGUGCGGGCGGUCUGGAUGCCUAUAGCGCAGGUCCUGGCUGGCAGUUUGCUUGGCAAUGCGCU